AUGGGGAACCCUCCCAAGAUCAUCCCUCACACUUCUAACAUCGCAGUCCCUCCUAACACGACCUUCUUUCCUUCCCUCAGGCUGAACAAGAGUCACAGGGCGGCCCAGGACGCUGAGUACCCGGCCUACGGUGUGACGGGCCCCAACAAGGACCUCUCUCCCUCCGGGGACCGCAAGCUGGCACAGUCCGCCCACAUGUACCACUACCAGCACCAGAAGCAGCAGAUGAUCGCCCUAGAAAAGUCCUCGGGAGGGGAGCGCCACGGGUCCACCUCUGACGUGGACUCCGAGGAGGAAGGUGAAGAGAACGAGUACACGGUCUACGAGUGCCCCGGUCUGGCCCCGACUGGCGAGAUGGAGGUGAAGAACCCGCUUUUCCACGACGACCCCACCCCGGCCACGCCCUCCAUCAGGAAGGAGGCGGAGCAGAACCACCACGACCACCACGACGAGGACACGACCACCAAGUGAACGCGACCUGCACGGCUCGAGUGGCUGACCAAGUUCAUUUAUACGUAAAUAGCUAAAAAAGGGAAAUACUAAUACUGUAUAGUGGUUAUUAAGCAAGCUGAAGCGACGACGACGACAAGUACUAUCUUAUUAUUGUAUAGUGAUGAUGAAGGAAGCUGACACGACGAGGAAGCAACAUAAUGAGUGGAUUUGAAACGUUUCUGGCAAUUAGUGAAGGAGCUGAGGACGGAAUGGACGCACGGUUAGGAUGUUGAGGGUUAUUGUGAAAAAAAUGUGUAUCAGGGAAAGGAAGAAAUUGUUUGGAUAAGAGAUAAGAAGAUGAAACUAUGAAUAAGCCUGCUACACACACACACACACACACACACACACACACACACACACACACUUCCACACUUUUAAACGCUUGUGUCCUCACUAUACACACAAUCCACGGUCUCUCUCAUAGACUGGAAUAGUUUGCUUUGCCACAGAACAAGAAACACACACACACACACACACACACACACACACACACACACACACACACCUCGCAACGACUCUCCUCUCACAUCACACCUGACUCUCUGACGGGAUCGCGACAACACCUGAAGAAAAGGGAUAAAAAAAAAAAAACAGUCUCGCAGGUACACAAGUGAUGAUUCGCGAGAACAUUACAGGUAAAGCUUCUCCGUCGUCAUUGCAGGAGCAGCGUGUGGAUAACUUCUUUUUUUCAUGGCCUUUGAGUUUUCUCCUUUAUCGUGAAAAAAGAAGAUUUAACUGAGUGAAAUAAGACCACAGUUGAGCCUCCAUAACACAGACAAAGAACCGGAAAUUACAGUAAGGCAGAUAAGAGGACAUACCAACCAUUAGCAUAUGUGAUUCUUCGCCAGCUUCAAAACACUGAUAGAUCCAGAAUUUAGAGAUAUAAUAACGAUUUUUUUACAGUAAAGGGAACAGCUCAAGGACAAAAAAUAAAUAAAAACAAUUAAAAAAACGCUAGCGCUGCUCCUAUGAAAAUAAAGUAAAGAAGAGCACCCAAAAGAGAGGUCAGUUUAGGAUGGAAAGUCAAUAUCAGAUGGAAGUCAAUGCAUAAUUAUAAGCACGCCUAUACUAGAAUCCACAUAACACUGUCAAGCGUCUAUUAACCAUGCAAAUAAACGGAAAUAAACUAACAUCAAGACAGACAAGACACUAUUACCGGUCAUCGCCUUGCACCACUUCUACUCGUCAGCUUCGUAUAGCCUCAGAACACUAUGUAAAAGUUGGGUCACUGGAAAAAAAUAAAUAACCACAAAAAAGAAGAUAUUACGUGUGAUGAAAACGAACUCCAAAACUUUAAGGACGCGGUUCCAAUAUCUUUUUCGUUCUAUCUCGUUUGCUAUUGAAGUUUUUUCGGCAAAUCAUGUAUCGUUUAGUACAAAAUGUAUGAUGAUGAUGAUGAUGAUGAUGAUGAUGAUGAUGUUAUAACGCUGUGUUGCAAACCGGGGGCGCGUCACGUUGGGGCAGGAUGGUACAGGAGCCUCACCGUCAAGGCCUCGGGUGGGCUGUAAACCGUUUCAAACCCUUUCUCUUCCACGGCAGACAGACACGACAGACAGUAUUACCUUUACCAGCCGCGACAGGGAGAGCUGAACCUAAAUAAAUAAAAAGCAUGAAGUAUCUACGUUUCACCACCAAAAGAGACGGUUGUUUUUUCUCUCUCAUUCAUUCAGUUCAUGCACGGAAAAAAUUUAUUAUCUCUUGAUGUUCACCAUAGAUUGCCUUUUUUCAUGGAAGGAUUAAAAAGUAAAAGCUACCAAUGUUUGUCACAGGAUAAACAUAUUACACCUCUAUUUUUUCUUCUUCAUUCACUCAUUCACUUCAUAGAGAAGAAAAUAAUAACAAUAAUUACUUCCAUCACUUAACCGUAUUUUCUUUCAAAUUUUCUUUCAUUUCACGAAAAAACAACAGCAUUAACAACAACAACAAUAAUAAUGAUAAUAAUGAAAGAUCUAAUAACCUUGAAAUACCUACGUGAGGAAAAUAAUUCAUGUUUUCUUUCACUCAUUCAUUUAAUUCGUGAAAAAGAGUAUGUCAGUAUAUACACACAGCCAGUUGACAGUCCUCCUCUUACACCAAUAACUUCACCAUGCCGGCAGCCACUUGAAACAGUCGCCUACACUCAGCGCCGGAGACAAUAAGCAGGAACGUCAGGUCAGCCUCAGUCACCUCGUAGCAGCGAUCGCGUGCUCUCCGUGCUCCUCCUCCCUGCCGUCGUGCGCUGCGCCGCCGCCACUCAACCCCGCGUUUACAUAUAUUUCUCAUGUAGCUCUGGCAGGAGUCUCUCUCGUUCUCGGUGUAAAAAGAACUCUAGGGUAUAUUCGCCUCUUUUUAGUACCCAGCCUUCCAGUUAGUACUCAUGUGAAGAGUAUAACUAGUCCCAAAAAUAAGGUGAGUUGAUAUAUAUUAAACUUCUACUAUUGUCAGGAUAAAGACUGAUCCGUCGGUUUUAUCGUGACUACUUCCCACUGCAUACGUCAACUCAGUGUUUCAGGUUGUUUUUUUUCCUUACUGGCAUGAGUGCUAAAUGGAAUGACACGUACAAAAUGGAACGGCAAAUGAACCCUAGGCAACUAUACAUAAGUAAAAAAAAAAGCCAUAUCCAACUUUUACAGUAACGCCCUCAGAGCUUAUA